AUGACGUGGCACCGUGAUAAAGUCUCUCACUACACUGGAAGUUAAUAGGAAUAUGACUUUUAGAUCGCGAAAAACGUUAUUCAUACACGUCAGAUUUCAAUACUGGACGAUAUAACUCGGGAGGUCUUCUCUCGAAUGAGCCAUUGAUCAUAUUUAUGUGAUAUUCCUGCCAUUGGAAUUUUAACGGAGGGUCUAAUACGUUUCUCCUUUUUGUCUGCCUCUUUAGUCCAGGAUGCAUUGCGUGGUGCCUUUGCCAGUGUAACGGAUGUGAAAGACGCCGUAAAGUUAUACUGUUACAUUGAUGCUGUUGACCCGGAUCACUGGUUGCUGCGGAAAAAGGAGGAGGUUGAAAGGGGGAUCUCCAGGCUCAAAGCGUCAGUCCACCAGCUGAAUACUCAGUCAGACUGGUGAAUGGGACCACUUCCUGUUCUGGGACAGUGGAAGUCUUCUCCAGAGGAGAGUGGUCAGGUCUAUGUUCUAGUUGGUGGAGCAUGAUGAGAGAGACUAAGGUUUUUUGUAGAGAGCUGGACUGUGGGAAUCCUGUAGCUGAAUCUAGAGGACCUCUGAUUGAAGAUGGAAGAAGAGGAGUCACACUAUAUGGUAGUUGCAAUGGAAAUGAGUCUUCUAUUGAACAGUGUGUCAUCAUCAUCAUCGUAGGAGGACGUGGUGUCUGUAUUGGUGAAUAUUAUCAUCAUGUGACCUGUUCAGAGUCUGUGCGUCUUGUGGAUGGAGCUGGUCUCUGCUCUGGGAGAGUGGAGGUGAAGUCCAAUCAGUCCUGGGCCUCAGUGUGUGAAGCUGACUUUGACCGGCAGGAUGCAGAGGUAGUCUGUGGGGAGCUUGGCUGUGGGGCUCCUGCAGCUCUACAGGGGGGGCUCUAUGGAGGAGGUGAGGGUCAGACCUGGGAUAAAGAGUUCCAGUGUAAAGGCAAUGAGUCCCUUCUCCUGGACUGUGACACCUCAGACAGAAAACACAACACCUGCCUCCCUGGUAAUGCUGUUGGACUCACCUGCUCAGAGCCUGAUGAUGUGAGGCUGGUGGGAGGAGGCAGUCGCUGUGCUGGUGGAGUGGAGUGGUACGACCAGGGAGAGUGGAGGAUUGUGGGAGCUUCAGACUGGAACCAGUGGAAUGUAGCUGCAGUAGUGUGUAGACAGCUGGGUUGUGGCUCCACUGUUUCAGUACCACCUGGAAACACCACUAGAGGGAAUGCCGUUUACUGUUAUGGGUCUGAGUCUUCACUGAGGGAGUGUGUGAGAAUGUAUUAUCCCCGUCCUGGACUCACAGUGAUCUGCUCAGCCUCUCCUCUGCCAGCCUUCAUCAUCAGACACGUUGUAGUGCUGCUGCUCCUACUGACAGCCAUCACCACCUCCUACCUGUACUACAAGCCCACCAGGAGGCAGAAGAGAGUGAACAGGGUGAGCAGCAUGGAUCUUGACGUCAAUGCCAUGGAGAUGGUCUCUCUGAGCUCCAGAGCUGAAGCUGGACCGGGAGAGGAGAGAGCAGCCCAGGGGACGGAGUAGGAGUAGAAUGAAGCUGAUCCUACAUGCUGAUCUUAGGUCAGUUUUGUGUUUUAAAUUGAUGGUCAGCAGUGGACUGGUGUUUAAAAUGUGGUGACAAACCUGAAGUGGUUCUAAUUUUAAUAACAAGUUCAGAAUUAGUUUAUCUGUCUAGAACCUUGGAAGAAAUCUAAAAGGAGUGACUGCAACCACCAUUAUUCCUUUUAGUUUGGUUUUUACCACCAGGGUAACAUGGGGUUCUAGGUAACAUGGGGUUUGGGGUAACAUGGGGUUCUAGGUAACGUGGGGUUUUGGUAACGUGGGGUUUUGGUAACGUGGGGUUUUGGUAACAUGGGGUUUUGGGUAACAUGGGGUUUUGGGUAACAUGGGGUUUUAAUUAUUUGAAGAGAGUAGCUCAAUUACAUCUGACUUGUGUUCCAGACUGUAUUGCUUUUUGCUUUUGUCUUAAUGUCUUUAGUCUUUAUCUUAUUUAGUGUCUCUUAGAUUCUUUAUCUUAUUUAGUGUCUCUUAGAUUCUUUAUCUUAUUUAGUGUCUCUUAGAUUCUUUAUCUUAUUUAGUGUCUCUUAGAUUCUUUAUCUUGAAGUGUCUCCAUUAUUAGUCCAUGUAUUAUUAUAAUCAUCUGAUCAUUCUUUGUAAUUUGAAAAAAAAAAUUAUAAAGGGGUUUGUUGUUGUUUACCUCUCAUGAUGUUGAUUAUAAAUGUUACGAUAUUGAUUAUGAUGUAGAUUAUUGUUAUGAUGUUGCUCUCUAAACUGCCAUGUAAUUAACUUAAUGCUUUUAAUAAAAUUACAGGCUGUCAGUCUA